AACCAAAGACUUAUAAGCUCUACCAUUGUUUUAACAAGUUUGUCCACAUCAUGGGUAUUUAUUGCUCAGAAGGUUGGUGCUAACUAAAACUAAUUUCUGCACCUUUUAGCUUUAAAUUUUGCAAAGAGGGACUCUAAUCAGUGGCAAAGGGCUUCCCUAACUGGUCAAGGAUUUUGAUGCUAGCAGCCCUGAGCCAUUGCUGCAGCUAUAGGUUGCAUGUGGCAAAGAAAAGCCUAGCUGAACAGCUUGUCUGCUGCUUCCAGCCUUCAAGUAUAAUCAUCUGAGCUGAGCAUUCUAAUGAUCUAUAAUGGAUCUUAAAACCGCGCCAGAACGUGGCAUAGCCUACUGCGCAUGCGUUAUACAAUAAAGUGGAUGGAAAUAGUCAAAAGGAUUUUAUUCCUAAUCUCCCUUUUGCUUGCUGCCAGCAACCUCCUCAACUUUGUCAUUACAAUACAGCAAUGCACAUUCUGGCCUCCUACUUCAAGCAAUGUUCCAGAAAACAAAUUUGAAAAAGCUGCACGCCUCCUUCCUUCUACUCCUCCAACCUCCCAUGAUGAUACAAAACUCGAGGCCUUCCAGAAAUACACAAAGGACUCUAGCUGUCAAUACAAGGACUCUCCAUUGGAGAAACUAGUGUGCCAAGUUGAAGCCAGCUCUAGCUUGUUUUAUACAUACAAGCCACACCCAUUGGUACUUGCAAAAGACCUCUCAUUGCUAAGGUACUACGCGCAGAGGGACCUUCACAGCUGGACGCUCGCAUACAGCAACAUCAGCUUUGAGCUGACUGAGACUAGCUUCAAGUCAACAACAAGACUCAGCGAAGCCUCUGUCCUACUUUGUCUGGGUAUUAUUGCACAGGAUAAGUACUGCCUGAAGCCUAGUAGCUACAAGCUACUGACCCAGGGCCAUCGGAUCAGUCAGGUUCACGGCAUGAGGGACAUCUUGUGGAGGAAGGACGCAUUCUGUUACACACUACGCGAGAGCUUGCAUGGCUACAGAGGUUGGAACAAUUUCACGUUUCCUUGCUGGGUACUCCCUCAUGAUAAAGGACUCCUAUUGGAAGAAAUGGAAAAGAAUGAUAAAAAGGAAUAUAUCGUCAAGCCUUCCUUUAGAGGAGAAGGCCACGGUAUUUAUGUAGUUCGGUCUAUGACUGAAAUUGAUCUGUCCUCUGGAGAGGAUUAUGUUGUUCAGCCUUUCCUUAAAAAACCAUUUUUGGUCAGGGGGCGGAAGUUUGAUUUCAGGACUUACGUACUCGUCACAUCCAUAUCCCCAUUGCGUCUUUAUUUUUAUAAAGAAGGACUGGUUCGCUUUGCAUCUACCAAAUAUAACCACAAUGCAACAAAAGGUGGCAAAGAGCAGCAGUUCCUGACAAACACUUCGGUCGGUAAGAAGUUCACGUCGUUAGCUAACCUCACUUGGACUUACGAUCGUCUGAUGAAAUAUUUUGAGAAGAGAGGGAUCAAUGGGGACAAAGUGAAUGGUUUACCCUCUAUGCAGCUCUCUCAUGAGAUGGGGGUACUGCCCAAUCCAUCAAGCCCCUACACUAUCACUAAGUAUGGUCUCCUCCAUCACAUGCUAAGGAUUCUCUAUGGAAAUGUGUCUAUAGCAUCUACUCUCGUUAAGGGUCUGGAAAUACUUAAAAUUGGAAUAGGGCCCGGACCCCUGUGCAAUGAAAAGAUCCAUCUGUAUUGUACUGACAUAAAAACCCUGACUGGAGUUAUCAGUUCAAUGAGGGAAAGACUCCUCAGUGGGGACUUCAUAAGAUUGUAUCCAGCUAGGGAUGGGGAAAGAUACUCAAGGCUUAUAAAGCACUUGCAUUCACUUGUGGAUAGGAAAAUGAAAAAUUCUAAUAAUCACAGAACGUUAUGGCAACUGCAUCACUUAUUGACUGCUCUUGAUAAGCUUGAGAUUUAA